AAUUCAGUAUUGGAAAUGAGCGCAAUCGCGUUGACAUCGAAAAACAAAACGGACGUGUUAGUGAAAAGAAGCGUUUCAAAAGACACAUCGAAAAUGAAUACACACAAAGUGAUCAAGACAAUUGUCACCUCACCGAAAAUAUACAAGCCCGUUGGACCCUACAGCCAAGCUAUUUUGGCAGAUAAGACACUUUAUAUAUCAGGGGUACUAGGCUUAGAUGCUAACGCCCAGUUGGUAUCUGGCGGAGCUGCAGCGCAAACGAGGCAGGUGCUGGAUAAUAUGAGGCAUAUACUUGAAGCAGGCGGUGCGUCUCUGGCAUCAGUCGUCAAAACCACCAUAUUACUUGCCAAUAUGGACGAUUUUCAAGCAGUAAAUCAAGUUUAUGCUGAAUAUUUUCCAAAAAACGCUCCGGCACGAGCGACGUACCAAGUAGCCAAGCUUCCGAUGGGUGCUGCUGUUGAGAUCGAAGCAAUCGCUCUGAGCGGUGACCUGGUGAUUACUGAAGCGGGUCCUUGUCCACGCACCUAGAAUUUUGCCUGUCGUGCCAACUUUAUGCAUUCAUAUAUAAUACUCGAUAACAUAUACUGACAUUGAUAAAUAAUAAUACAUUUUAGUAUACUUAGGUCGACGGUCAAAAGUUCGCUAAGACCAAGGCUCUUGUAAAAUCUUAAGACUGGUAUAAUCUAUGUGAAUAUUUUAUUUUUAUACAAGUAUUUACACUUAUACACUGCGCGGAAAUGUGGCUUAUUAAUUUUUUAUUAAAUGUUGUUAAAAAAUAGAA